GGUGACGUGUUCUUCCAGCGCCACGUCGGGAGUCGGGAGUGGUAGAAGUAGGCUUCCCACGGAGUCCUAGGUGCCCAGUGAACGGAGAGACCCGCGGGAGGGGAAGCUGGGUGAGGAGUCGGCUGCGGGCUGCGGGCGAUACUGAGGGCCACCCAGAGGAGUGAUUCUAAGAUCACCAAGGUAACAGGUUAUCUGGUUGGUAUUUUGUUCUGGGGUGAUUUCUGACACAGCAAGAGCUAUGUCAUGGAUCAAAGAAGGAGAGCUGUCACUUUGGGAACGGUUCUGUGCCAAUAUCAUAAAGGCUGGCCCAGUGCCCAAACAUAUUGCAUUCAUAAUGGAUGGAAACCGUCGCUACGCCAAGAAGUGCCAGGUGGAACGGCAGGAGGGCCACUCUCAGGGCUUCAACAAGCUUGCUGAGACUCUACGCUGGUGUUUGAACCUGGGCAUCCUAGAAGUGACUGUCUACGCAUUCAGCAUUGAGAACUUCAAACGUUCCCAGAGUGAGGUUGACGGACUACUGGACCUAGCCCGACAGAAGUUCAGUUGCUUGAUGGAAGAACAGGAGAAGCUAAAGAAGCAUGGGGUUUGUAUCCGUGUCUUAGGCGAUCUGCACUUGUUGCCCUUGGAUCUCCAGGAGAAGAUUGCACAGGCUGUCCAGGCUACUAAGAGCUACAACAAGUGUUUCCUCAAUGUCUGCUUUGCAUACACAUCCCGUCAUGAGAUCACCAACGCUGUGAGAGAGAUGGCUUGGGGAGUGGAGCAAGGUCUACUGGAACCCAGUGACGUCUCUGAGACGCUGCUGGAUAAGUGCCUCUAUAGCAACCACUCUCCUCAUCCUGACAUCUUGAUCCGGACCUCCGGAGAAGUGCGGCUGAGUGACUUCUUACUCUGGCAGACCUCUCAUUCCUGCCUGGUGUUCCAGCCUGUUCUGUGGCCAGAAUACACAUUUUGGAACCUCUGUGAGGCAAUCCUGCAGUUUCAGAUGAACCAUAGUGCACUUCAGCAGAAGGCCCGAGACAUGUAUGCUGAGGAGCGGAAGAGACACCAGCUGGAGAGGGACCAGGCUGCAGUGACAGAGCAGCUGCUUCAAGAGGGGCUCCAGGCCAGUGGGGAUGCCCAGCUCCGACGGACACGCUUGCACAGACUCUCUGCCAAACGGGAAGAGCGAGUCCAGAGCUUCCUGAAGGCCUUGGAACUUAAACGGGCUGACUGGCUGGCACUUUUGGGCACUGCACCUGCCUAAGUGAGGCUGGCUAGUGGCCACUUUGCCCUGCCCUCUGCCUCUUGGGCCCCAACUUCCUUUUCUUUUCUUGGUGAAAGGCACCUCCCUGUUUUUGAUGAUUUCUGCUCCCUUUGCUUUUUUUGCAGGGAGCCUCAAAGGCAAGGCCUACAGCCUAUAGUCAGACACCUUUGGACUCCCUGUGACAGUGACUCACCUAGAGUUUGAGGGAGUCUCCCAUGCUUACACUAAAUCCAAGAGCAGUCACUGAUAAUCUGGAGAAAGGGGACCCUAACUCAUAAGCUGUGUUUACUGUCCGUGCCCCCACUCCGUUUUUGGAUGCAUAUUCUUUUUCCACUAGCAUAUCCUAAAACAUGCAGAAAAGGUCUUCCCAAAAUCGAGGCCAUUACCCAUCCUGCCCAAGCCCCCACCACGUGACUUUGACAAAAGAAUGCCCCCACUGGUAAAUAACUGAUAGGCAGCCAGCAUCGCUGGGCAGGGGAGAAAGGGGUGGGAAGGACAGGAAGAAAAUUUGCCCAUCUGCUGCUCCUCCCCUUGGCUCUCCACCUGGGAUUUGCUAUUGAAUCUCCACCCCUCCCACCGCCAGUACUGAUUGCUCACUGAAAGGCUCAGCGCCCCCAAUGGCUCAUGGAAGCCAGGCGGGUGAUUACAAUCCAAUUACCUAUUGUUGACUCAGCCCACACAAGCUUUGCUCCCCCUUACAGGGCAUGGGGCCAGGCUCCACUCCCCAGUGAGACCCAACCCCCUCCAUGGCUACAGGGUAGCAGAAGGACCUAGAGAAGUCCCAGAGUAUAAUCGAACACAUCAGGACCGAACAGAACCAAGCAUCUCCUGAUUGACUGUCUCCUGUUGCCAGCUCAGACUGAUUCCCAAUCUUCAAGGCUCCUCACAGCUCUUUGACCUGACUCCCUAAGUAGGCCCUGAGACACUUUACUGUCAUCAUGGCAGAACUUACUCAAGGCCCUCAGCCUGAGAGGGCCAACACUGCCUUUCAGGAAGAGACAAGAUUGCCUGCCUCCCCCAGAGGGCUGAAGAGAGUUCUGCAGAGCUAUUCUGCAUCAGGUGCCCCAGAGCAGUAAAUACUAGCCAGGAACACUGACCAGUUGCUACUCUGGUAUUCUCAUUGUCUCCAAACCCUUUCCGCAGCGCCUUCCUCCCGGAAAGAGGUGGGCUAUUAUAAGCCAUGGUAAAUGUACUCUUUAGAUUCCUAACUUCUAGCCUUGCCCCCCACCCACCCAGUUUUGCGCCUAGAUAGCUGUCACUGGUGACCUUUUGUCCAUCAUUCUUCCUCUCAGAAUCAAGGAUAAGAGCCUGACACUGUAACCAAAAGCCAAUCAGUGCACCCUUUUGGCAAGGCCCCCUCUACACCUGGCACUCCCCAAAACCAAAUCCUGGCACAGAGUUCCCCAAGAGCAGGUGCUGUACAUUUUCCAGCUUUACAAUGAGGCUGUUGACAGCCUUAAUUAGGGAGGCAUGAAUUAUGUGGCUAUAAUACAGAGCCCUACAAUUAAGGCGGGAAUGAGAGGCUGGAGGCAGCAAACGGAAUCUGCCCAGCAAGCAUGGCUGCUGAGUCCUGGCUGACUUUCUCUUACGACUGGAGUACAGUACAGGUGAUUAAUGGGCAAGGUAUCUUCCAGCCUGGGGACCUGUAUUCUGGGAAGGGUGCACAGGGCGGAGUGGGCUGGGGUAGGGGCUGCCUCAGGAGGCGCUGUGCCAGUGGAAAGAAGAGGCAAAUCCGUUGCUAUCCAGAAGCAAAGGCUGCAAAAAGCUUGUUUUGGAUGUUUGCUUUCUGCUGGAAUGGUUCGUGCAAACUAGCUUCCACCCUUGCCUCAAAAACUAAGGUGGGAACCUAUAUAUGCGUCUUCCACCUGAGCGCCAAACACCCUGUUACAGAUGUUUAGCUGGUUGUGUUCUGGGUGUCAAAUAGAAUUUUUUAAAAUUGUUA